AUAACAUCAGCAAACUGCCCAGGAGACAAAUAGAGUGCUGGCAGUGAGAGGGUGUAACCUGCUCUCUUCUCAGCUGACCAGCGACGUGGAUCCACCUGCAUAGAGUUAUGUUUGUUCUUCGAGCAUGAAGGGAGGGACAGACUAAAACACUGAGUACUCUGCAAUGGGGAAGACACAGACUGUAGAACAUCCGUGGUUUGGUUAUCUAAAUGUCUGAUUUUCAGUUUCCUUUCAACUUACUUUUCAUUUCCUUUAUCACCUCACCUGUAGUGGAAUCAGUUAGUGAUUGCUGCCAAGUUAGGAACUAUGACAGUGUAUAAUUUGAACUUGGAUCUAGGUUUCCUAAGCAAUGAAGAGGCACAUGCUGUUGUUGAAGUUCUAGAGAGAGACAAGCGUCUAAAGGAGAUUGAAAAGGAGAGGAUUGGACGUCUUCUUGAGCAGCGGGGGGACAGAAAGUCUGUGUUAGGAUGGCCGGAGAACCUGAGAAACCAGCAGACUAACAAGAGCAGUGUCCACCCAACCCAGGCACCACACAGCACUAACAUAGAGCAGCAAACUGUGAGAAGCAAACCAAUAAAAGGGAAGGAUGACGGUAGCGGAAGACAUACAACUCUGCGAGCCCGUCUCAGCUCCAUGUUCAGCCUCAGGGUCCCUCUGAGGGGCAGCAGAGACCCGGGAGGGAAAAACAACAGCCAUAACAAUGGGGUUAGCAACUUCUCCUCUUCUGGAGGACAAAGCUGCGAAGGCAAGAGUACUGAGGCAAAGCAUGUGGAGGAGCAAAUAGGUGAGCUUGCAGAGGAGCCUAACAAGGAGGUGCACACAGAGGAGGAGCUCACCGAGGAGGUGCACACAGAGGAGGAGCUCACCAAGGAGUUGGACACAGAGGAGGAGCUCACCAAGGAGGUGCACACAGAGGAGGAGCUUACUAAAGAGGUGCACACAGAGGAGGCACACACAGAGGCGGCACACAGAGAGAAGGAGCUCACAGAGAGUCCUGCAGAGGAGGAGCCCACUGAGGAUCACUCAGUGGAGUCUAAUAAGGUGAUUGGACCUGCUGCCUUCCCUGUGGGUGAAACAGGGAAGAGGAGAACAGAUCUACUGGAAACAGGGGGAAAGCAGGAGAGCUCCACAGCCAUAGGUCAGAAUCAGAGAGAGGACCAAGAAAGUUCUGGAGUGACUGGACCAGCGUUAGCACCACAGUCAAUCAGCCACCCACCAGUGAAGCAUGAGGAUCCUACAUCUAAACCUCGGAAAGGAGAACACAUCCAACCAUCAGCUGAAUUGAAAACGUCUAUUCCCUUUAGCCCAAAUCGGAACAUAUGUAGCUGCCCCAUCCGCCCCCACCACUCUGACAUUUCCUCCCCCUUCCUUGCACCUCAAGAGCAGUCCCUGCCCAGGACUGCCACUGUGGAGAGUCUUUCCCCUGAGGUUACGAACAUUCCCUUUCACAGCCCACAUCAACCACCAAAACUUCAGUCUUCUAACUUUAAGAGGAGCCAGCUUCAGAAGGCCUCUGGUCGGGCCGUAACACCAGCUCGCCAUUUGUCCUUGAUCAGGCCAUGGAGUGUGGAGUCACCAGGAACGUUCUCCUUGCUAAGACCAAGCAGCUUCACCACACUGCCCACCUCCCACUAUGUAGAGACCCAGGCUGAAGCCUCCGGCAUCUCCUCCGACCUCCCCUCCAACCUCCCCUCUGGCCUCCCCUCCUCCUCUGACCACCGAGAGAGUUCAGUCACCUUGAGAGAGCACAUUUCAAGAAGUCAUCUCACCUUGUUCUCUGCCUCUGACCUACAAUGUUUCCCACCCCAGAGCCUCAACAGAAUUCUGCCUCAUACUACACUGUCUCAUUACCCUCUUGGAUAUAGGACCAGAUUAAGCUCAUCUUUGAUAUUUAACUCUCUCCCCGUGUCUAGGAACACUUUAGAUACAGCAACUGAGAGUCCAAAAUACCUUAACAGGUCCAAGUCACUUGAUAGACAUUUAACCAAAGCUGUGUCUAUGGAUACUGCUGGUGACAAUCACUCCCCCUACUCACCACCCAGCAACACAAGAUGGAUGUCAUCUUCUGAGAGAAUCAACAUGUUGGCGAAGCAGCAUAACUUAGCAGCCCAGGUUGGUUUAUCAAAAGCCAUCAGCCAACAGAGGAUUCUGCAGACGAAUGCCUCCGUUCAAUCUAAUAACCAAAGAAUGUUCAAGCACCAUGCAUAUUAUUCAGGUGUAUAUGACACAGGUCCCAGUCUGGCAGUUAAGACUCAUUCUCUCUCCAGCCUCAGCUCCAGGGCCUCUCACGGCCUUCAGUCACAUCUUCACAGCCCCCCAGUUUCACCAGAUCAUAUGACUGAUCUCACAGAGCCUAUGGUGGUACACACAGUGCCCCAGCAGACACAAAACAGUUGAUGAUAGGGGAAAAAAUAAAAGUCACUGGUUCAGAGAUUAUUGAUAGUGAAACACAUAAUAUCAGUGAAUCUAAAUGUCAGACUUCAAAUAAGGAUCUGUUUGCAUCUCAGAUUAGAAAGAAUAGCUUGGGUCUGCCUGCUCAGGACGCAACUCUUGUCUCUGAUAGGACUGAAAAAGAGCCCACUGGUUACAGAAGCAACCGGAAAGUAGAUCAGGUACUGAAUCGCCUCAGAAUGAUAUUCAGUAGCAAACGUAUUGAGGAAAGGAGUGUGUUGUUUGGUAGAAAGGGGAAAACGGUGCCAUCAACACUUGAGGGAGCUAGUGUCAUCAGUGAGAAUAGACGGACAGGGAAGAGGUCUCCAGAGGUCAAAGAAGUGCUGAAACCCAUUGACCUUCAACGUAAUGUGGCAGGUCAUCUGAGACAACAAAACAGAGGCUGCAAUGGGCUGACAAUUUCCACAGUUAAAUUAGCAUCCAAGAAUGCACAGUUAGAUAUUCAUGACAAAGAGAGGAACACAAUAUCAACUGAGAAAAAUGGAAACCCAUCGCUGUCAAAAGAAGAAUUAAGUAGAACAAAUCCUCCACAUUCACCCUAUUUUAGUAGUCAAUCCCAUAAGGACUCUGGAAGUUCUAGAACCAGUCAUUUUAGCCUCAACACAAAGAAUGAAGAUGUCUUCUCUAGCCCAAUGGGUAAGGACAGUAGAUCAGAUAGGAGUAGAACUGCCUGUUUUAAACCCGCACAGCUCUCAUACUCCAACAACUCUCCAACCACUACUGAUUUUGGCCUGAAACAUGGCCGCUCCAUCUCUGUCACCAACAUUUACUCAAACCGAACAUCAAGAAACAGGCGCAUCUCCACAGGAACUGAUAUGGCCCCCACAAGGUACCUAAGGAGUCUGGAUGAUAUCAGAGGGCCAGGGGACCUUGAUCGCCCACCCAGGACCCUUUCCAGAGCUUUCUCUAGCACUCAGAAAACAUAUAUCAGUCUAAUAAAAACAGACAGCAUCUUAAGCCCUAAGAGCCUGACAUUGCCUAUGCCUCUACGGUUCAAUGAGUCAUCGACUUGGCACACAGAGAUUUUAAACUCACUUAUCAUUGAUCAGAAGUUGCAAGUCAUUCAAGGCCCCAUGGAACUACUGCCCAUCACUAGCUCCAGUUUGUCAGACUUUGAGGAGUAUGACUCAGAUACAACUACAGAUGGAGAAUAUUACUUGAGCAGUGAUGAUUGGGAGAAAGAGUCAAUACUCUAGCAAAGGGCGACCGUUUUGAGUAACAUUGUGCAGAUAUUUAACGUUUUUGUGAAAAUCAUUUCUUAUUGGCCUAUGUAUUUAUAGUUGAAAAACAUUAAUAAAACAAAUAAUUAAUCUGUA